UAGCUUUGUGUGAAGUCAUUAGGAUUCUUGCGGCAAUGCCAAAACACUUACAGAUCUAGUAACCAUAUUCAAUUUUAAAUUAUUACAGUUUAAUAAUAAUUCGUACUUAAUUAGAAUUUAUAAAGAUGUCUUUUAAGCCAGUGACUCACCUUUUAUUUGACAUGGAUGGUUUAAUUCUGAACACAGAAGAAUUGUAUACUAUCGGUUUCCAAGAAGUGGCUUCAAGAUUUGGAAAAACGUUCACAUUUGAAUUAAAAAGUAAAAUAAUGGGGCAGCAAAGUCGAGAGUUUGCUGGCUCUAUCAUAGAUGAACUGGGGCUUCCUAUGACUGUCGAGGAGUUUCUAAAGGAAACGAGGAUUAUAUUCGAGAAGUUGUUUCCUAUUUGCAAAGUUAUGCCUGGGGUAGAAAGACUAAUCCGACACUUGCACGAUAGCAAUAUUCCAAUCGGGCUAGCUACUAGCAGCAGUAAAGAAACUUACGAUUUGAAGGUGGCCAAGCAUCAAGAGUUGUUCGAUUUACUCACGUAUAAAACGUGGGGUUCCUCGGACCCUCUAGUCAAGAGAGGGAAGCCACACCCUGACAUAUUCCUCGUAGCCGCAGCGAAAUUCCCUGAUAAUCCACCACCAGAAAAGUGUCUCGUGUUCGAAGACUCCCUUAACGGCGUGAAGGCAGCACGGGCGGCGGGCAUGCAGGUGGUUAUGGUGCCUGACCCGAGGCUGGACCGCGCCCGCGCAUUCGAAGCCACCAUCGUCCUGGGCUCCGUGGAGGAAUUCCGACCGGAGGACUUUGGGUUGCCGCCUUUUAGCCAUUAGCAUUUUGCAGCUUACGAUUUUUUGGAAGGCAAAAACUUGAAGAAACAAGCAAACUAAGUGGCGCCAUCUACCUCUAGCGUUUUAGCUAACUAAUGAUUACGAUAAAAUUGUAAAUUAACAAAACAUCUAAACAUAUUUUGGCUUUAAGUGCUUGUAGAGAGUUUGUGUGAAAUAAAUAGUUUCUAAGUAAAAUACAAGACAUUUUCUUUUGUAGAUUUUAUUUCCAGAGAGAGCAGGCAUCAAAUGCCCUUUGACUAGGUAAUUAAUUAAAGUAAAUUAAAUACAGUUACUGUACAACUCAAGUAUUUGAAGUUCGCAGGUACUCCUUUAUCACAAUAAU